AUGGAGUGCGUUGCAGCGAGAAACAUGGCGGCAAUGGCGUUUUGUGUGAGUCCUUCGUCGAGGUUGAGGUUGCGGAGGAAGAAGCUGUGGAGAAGAGGAACCGCGUUGUGCGGCCACGGUGUUCGGCGGCGCUCGCGGUGGUUGAAUGUGGAGGCGAAGACAGGGAGCGAGAGUUGCGUGGCGACCAAAGAGGACUUCGCCGAUGAGGAGGAUUACGUGAAGGCCGGUGGCUCCGAACUCGUUUUUGUCCAAAUGCAACAGAACAAAGCCAUGGAAAUGCAAUCCAAGCUCGUGGAUAAGUUGCCACCUAUAGGAGAUGAUAUACUGGAUCUAGUCGUGAUUGGUUGUGGUCCGGCUGGUCUUGCUCUGGCUGCUGAAUCGGCCAAGUUGGGACUAAAAGUUGGGCUGAUUGGUCCUGAUCUCCCUUUUACAAAUAAUUAUGGCGUGUGGGAGGACGAAUUUAAAGGUCUCGGACUUGAAGGUUGCAUUGAGCAUGUUUGGAAGGAUACCAUUGUCUAUCUCGACAAUAAGGACCCCAUUUUUAUUGGACGUUCCUAUGGACGUGUCAGUCGGCAUCUGCUUCAUGAGGAAUUGUUAAGCAGGUGUGUCGAGUCAGGAGUCUCGUAUCUUAGCUCAAGAGUAGAAAGUAUUAUCGAGGCCAGCAAUGGUCAUAGUCAUGUUGUCUGUGAAUAUGAUAUUGUAGUGCCCUGCAGGCUUGUUACUGUUGCAUCAGGAGCUGCUUCAGGGAAACUAUUGCAAUAUGAGGUGGGGGGUCCAAAGGUUUCUGUCCAAACAGCUUAUGGUGUGGAAGUUGAGGUGGAAAACAAUCCUUAUGAUCCAAAUCUGAUGGUUUUCAUGGAUUACAGAGACUACAUGAAGCAAAAUGUUCAAGGUCUAGAAACAAAUUAUCCAACCUUCCUUUAUGCAAUGCCCAUGUCACGUACAAGAGUGUUCUUUGAGGAAACAUGUUUAGCGUCAAAAGAUGCGAUGCCUUUUGAUUUACUAAAGAAGAAGCUCUUUUCGAGAUUAAAUACAAUGGGGAUCAGAAUUACUAAAACUUACGAAGAGGAAUGGUCUUAUAUCCCAGUUGGCGGAUCGUUACCUAACACAGAACAAAGGAACCUUGCAUUUGGUGCAGCCGCCAGCAUGGUGCAUCCAGCCACAGGCACGACUUCAUCAUGGUACUCCGUUGUGAGAUCUUUGUCCGAAGCUCCAAAAUAUGCUUCGGUAAUUGCUACUAUUUUAAAAGAUGGCCGUGCCAAGGACAUUAUUACUCAAGGAAGAAAGGUGAAUCUAUCUAUGCAAGAGCAUUUGAAUUUUCUUUUUCUUUUAGCUUGGAAUACGCUUUGGCCACAAGAAAGGAAACGGCAGAGGGCAUUCUUUCUUUUUGGAUUAGCUCUAAUUCUGCAGCUGGACAUUGAGGGCAUUCGAACAUUCUUUCGUACUUUCUUCUGCUUACCUGAUUGGAUGUGGCAGGGAUUUCUUGGCUCCUCUCUCUCAUCUACAGAUCUUGUAUUAUUUGCUUUCUACAUGUUCAUAAUAGCACCGAAUAACUUGCGAAUGUGUCUAGUCAGACAUCUACUUUCAGAUCCUACUGGUGCAACCUUGAUAAAGACUUAUUUAACGACUUCGCGAUACUCAAGUCGUUAA